CCCAUUCUCUCUCGCGCCCAGCUGCCCAGACAUACGCCAGAUAAGCUCCUGCGCUAGUUGGCUGUUGUAAUCAAAACCUCGGGAAUGUGCGGACUCUUCAGACUUGAACGUUCAAAGCUUUUGAUCCGUUUACUUUCCAGCUCUUCCCGCUGUCGAGCAACCUUGGGUAAACGGAUCAGCCGUGAUCGUGAAAGCUCCAGAGCGUAAGUAAAAGGAUCAAGCUUAAGCGAAAUGUCAACCCCAGCAGCCGGAAUGGACAUCACCGCCCGUCCCCGCCGCCGCUCCUCAACAGCCUUUUCCCCCUCCUUCCGCCGCACCUCAAAUUCCCUCGCAACCACCCCCCGAGCCCACGCCGCACACGCAGCAAACGGCCAUCCCCUCCCCGACGGAAUCUACUACGACGAAGAACAACCCCGUCCCCCCGGCGGCUGGAACUCCAUCGACCGCUUCGCAUCCUCAUGGACGCGUUCACAGGGGUUUUUUUCGUCUGCUAUCCCUCUGCAGCUGCCGUCGUCUUCGUAUACGGCUGAGACGACGGGGUUUCGGCCGACGUUGGAGGGGAUUCCGCAGACGCCUGCUGGAGAAGGGGAUGAGGAAAGUCGACCUUUCUUCGAUGAUGCGAGUAGUAUUGGUGGUGGAGGGAGUGAGGUGGGAGGGGGGGAGAGGGAUGGGACGCCGAAGGCGGUGAGGGAUUAUGGGGCCUUGAAUCACCGGGCCAGUAUCGCGACAUUCGGAACGGUAGGAAGGCGUUUAUCGCUCUCCUCAUACCUCCCUUGCCAAGAAAUUACAGCACCAGAAGACCUAGUAACAAAAACAGUCGAACUAGACGACGGCAACCUCAUCUCCAUCAUCCUCGGUCAAAGCACAAUCCACCAAACAAUCUGCAACUCCAUCAACAUCCUCAUGGGUAUCGGCAUUCUCUCCCUCCCGCUCGCCAUCCACUACGCAGGCUGGAUAUUGGGGAUGGGGUUCUUGGCUUUCACGGGUGGGGUUACGUUGUAUACGGCCAAGGUUUUGGCAAAGUGUUUGGAUGUUGACCAGACGUUGGUGACGUAUGCUGAUAUUGGGUAUUUGGCGUUUGGGGUGCGGGCGAGGUAUAUUACUUCGCUGCUGUUUUCCUUGGAGUUGACGGCUACAUGUGUUGCGCUCGUGGUCUUGUUUGGGGAUACAUUGCACGCCCUCAUCCCCUCCAUCUCAUCCACGACCUUCAAACUCCUCUCCUCCCUCCUCGGAAUCCUCUCCGUAAUCCUCCUCGUUAUCGCCGUCCUCGUCGACGGCCUCUACAAAUCCUCCGCACCCGGCUCGCUCUACCACCCCAUGCCGACAAACCUGUGGCCUCAGGGAGAAGGAUGGUGGAAUGUUGGUCUGAGCGUGGGGAUGUUGAUGGCGCCGUGGAGUGGACAUGCGGUUUUCCCGAAUGUGUAUCGUGAUAUGCAUCAUCCCCGGAAAUUCGGGAAAGCGAUGAACGUGAGUUACGCGAUUACGUUUUUGUUGGAUGCGACGAUGGCUGUUGCUGGGUAUCUCAUGUUCGGCGCAUACGUUCUCGAUCAGGUGUCGCAGAAUAUCUUGGGUUUGGAGGGAUACCCCGUCUUGCUCAACAAAUGCGUGGUAUGGGCGAUCGCAAUCGUACCCAUCACCAAAAUGCCCCUCAACACCCGUCCGAUAUCAACAACCCUCGACAUCCUCCUCGGGCUCGACCCACGCUCAGCACCACCCUCGUCAUCCUCCGCACACCCAACCAACCCACUCCUCCGCGGCCUCGCCCGCAUCCUCAUCCGCGUCCUCACGACCGCCAUCCCCAUCGGCCUCGGUAUCCUCGUCCCUUCGUUCGAUAGAAUCAUGAGUCUCAUGGGAGCGGCGUUGGCGAUGACGAUUUGUGUGAUUUUGCCGUUGGUUUAUCAUUUGAAGAUUUUUGGGGGGACGGUUGUUAGUUGUAUGCCGAGGAUGGAUGAGUGAGGUGUGGUCAUGCGGUGGGAGGAGUGGAGGGUGUGACUUUGAGUGCAGGGUAUGUAGGAGGUGUGGGUCCGAGGAGGCAAGCAUCGUUUUUGGUCUCAGCUGAGUUGCAAUUGUUGUGUGAGCAUGCUUAAUCUUAAUACCAGGUAUAUCGUUAUUGGCAUUAGACUGUUAGACCUUUCGACUUAUUUUCAUUGUCUUUAUGUCAUCAUCUCCCCUUUUAACUCUUCCCGUACAUCCGUCAAUAUCCUCCCCAUCAAGUUCUCUCCCCACUCUUCACU